AUGAAAUUGUUGUACCUUGGUAAGGCACUGCAGCAACGGGGAAGGGGUGGCUCGCUGGACAGCGGCGCCGGCGCCGUCGGCAAGCUAUCAGCAGCUGCCGCCGCGGCGGCGCCGGCAGUAAGACCCCUAGCGGACUUUGCCUUUAUCAGAAGUGCACCGAAACGUCGCGUCUCCGCCGGCCGCACCGGGAUGUUGGUUAAUACGCCCUCGGCACCGACGGGGCCCAUGGGAAGUUGCUGCGUCGAAGAGCUGCGACGCCUGAACUGGAAAACAAACGUGGUGGAAGCACAGGCGCCUCCCGGUCACACCAGCCGCAUCGACGGUGGCGACGCGGACGGCAGCCGAGAAGGUAUCGAGCCCAGCGACGGUGACAGUGAUGAUGGCAGUGAUGAAAAUUUCUGCAUUCAAACCUACCAUGCACAAAAGAAAGAUGAAAAGGGAGACAUCCUUGCUCAAACCACGACAUUCGUUGCAAACGGAAGGACUAGUUCAAAGCAGGAAAAUAAGGGAGUCCAAAGAUAUGGAGGAUCGGGUCGAGAAAUAUGGUUGUCAUGGUGGAAGUUGUCCGUUGGAGAUAUGUUUGGUUGGAAGAGGGGCCGGCCGUACUUUUAUAACGCCCGUCUCAGGUGGGUGGAUGGGUGGGUGGGCGACGUGGGUGUGGGUGUGGUGCGGCUGGGGCAUCAACCUGUGCGCCCCAGUGGCACCGAGCGGGCGUUGCUGAUGAUGGGCCCGGCUGAGGUGGGUGCACUGCUGGGUGCAAUUCCUCCGCACCCAGCUGCACCCAGCCGGGCGCCGCCGCUGCUGGCCAGUUGGCUGGCGGCGGCGGCGGCGGCGGCCGCGGCGGCAUAUAGCCGCAACUAUCAACUGCUGUAA